GAUUUCAGCUGUAAUUUUAGUUGUAUUGUGGGCCUUAUGGUUAUCCUCUCUACUCAAGUGGAUGAACACAAGCGUAGUGAAUCUUCUCUUUUUCUUCAGGAUCUGGCGACACAUCAUAUGAAUAGUCAGUCUUCUAUCUUGCAUGUGGUGAUUAUUGAGAAUUUCAAUCAAAGUUUUGUUAUCGGAAACCAUCGCCACUUUCUGAAAUCCUUGGCCGCCGCGUGCUUAACUGCGAGAUUCAUGGCCAUAGCUUCAGCAACGAGCAGAUCCUCUUCUCCCAUUCUGCACCACCCAAUCUCUUCCAUCGUUUCGCCUUCGUUGUUGGUGAUGACCGUUCCUAAACCCCAUAGACCCUGGAUUUUGAGGCUAGCAUCAGUGUUGAUCUGA